GGGAGUAUCGGUGAUGGCUGCAAUGGGCCAGGUCAAAGCACUGCAGACAGUGGAGCUUCGGAGGUGUGUUGAUCGAGUGCGUGGUUCUGCUUUUGAUUCCGCCAGUCUCACGAGCAUAUGAAUAGCAUUCAGCAAAUAAGCGACGCUUCGCUCGACCUGAUAGAGCGUGGCCUUGGCGACUCAAAGACGGCCAAGGCCCUGCAGACAGCAUGCAAGACUCACCUGAAGAGGGCAAGCACUAAAAGAUCCGGGCAUCAUCUUACUUCUCCAAGUGAGAAGCGUCCCAAGGUCCAUCACCCCAGCGACGACUCCGAGGGCCCAGCCCAACAUCUAGAGGACACGGAGGGUGCCCUAAGUCUUUCCGUUGUUAUGGACGAGAAGGAGAUCGCCGGGGCGUCCAUAUACACCAAUCGGGCGCCGUUGAUGUUGGCCUUCGUGUUGGAACUUCUCAGACACACAAUGCCAACGCAGCCUAUGUCGAGUCGUCUCAGUCUAGCCCAGGCUGUUGUCAGCGCCAACUCAAAAUCAAAGGCCAUUAGCAUUGGACUGGCCAAGACCGGGAACGAAGACGGCUCGUGGGGCGAAGGACAGCCAAAGGUCAACAUCAUGGGCAGAGCUAUAGCUGUUCUCAAGAGAGGCGACUUCGAUUUGCAAGGCAGUGGUUUGGCGGCUCCAGAAUCUUCAAAAUACGCAACAGAUGAUGGUCUGCAAGGCGGGAAGCCGUCAGAGUCAUCAAAGCAACACCAUGGCAGCGCUGCUUUCACAGAAACCCCGUGGUCUGCCAGCCGCCAGGUCACUUUCAAAUCGUCCACCUUUGUUGCGCGGGUGGCAAAUGUCGAGGACAGCACUCAGGCGUCAGGUCUCGUUCGUUCACUCCUACUAUCUGAGCCACAACUACAAACGGCCACACAUAACGCCUGGGCCUAUCGAGUGAAGAGGCAAGGGCAAGGCGGCGGGCAAACCCAGGGAUCGGGAGAGGUACGCGAGGCAAGUGAAGAUGACGGCGAAACUGGUUGCGGCGAAUUCAUACAACGACUCAUCAGGGAGGCUGGCAUUGUCGAUGUGAUCGUAGUGCUGACCAGGUGGUUCGGAGGGGAGAUGCUAGGUCCAGAUCGCUGGAGACUGAUGCGCAACGUCGUCACAGAGGCGCUUUCCCAGAGGCUACGACUCACACAGAUCCACGGGGGAUGUGACGAUGUGGCCGUUUGGGCACUGGAUCUUCAGAACACGAACAAUGGAUCCGGUAGCCGCAGGGCCAGCGAAACAAGUCGUAACGUCGUCGGAGUUCCGAUACAUCGUCCGGAACCAGCUCGGGCGUACCUACUCAAAAGUUUUGCUACCGGCCAAUCUGAAGAUGUUCCCAUAGGCGAUAGUUCCGGCGGGAAUGCUUCCAAAGCCAAACAAAGGAAGAUGAGCAAGUUGGAGGAUGAAGCCGAGAGAAUACGCAACCUAGGUCGCCUCCUCGGAGCUCUCAGGCUGCUAUUCGAUAGCUGGAGCAACCUUGGACCUCGUGAAAUGGAUCGCAAGGCAUUCUCGUGGUAUGCAUCUAUGAGACCAGAGGUACAGCCAGGGGUUGCAGGAUGGGGCGCGAAAGGUUGGCUGAAGCUACAUACGAUACUUCAGCUACGUCGAGCUGACACCGAAAGUACGAAGAAAUAAAUCAUCAAACCGGUAACAUGCCGAGGCCUUCGGCAACCCAAAGCAAUCACAUUCGUUGUCACUAUUGCAGGCCAACAUUGGGUAGAAUAUAUAUUCGUUGUGCGAUACCUAGCAGUGCCGCAUAUUUCCUACACGUACGGCUGCCCAUAUUUCAGCAUCAACCGCGUUUUUGCCGAGGCUCUAUUGAUACUCAUUCCUUCACGGAACUCCCAUGGCAUCGGGGAGUAGAGUUGAAAGACAUGACCCGGCGGAUGGUAGGUGCGGGACACGGCCCACACAUUUAAUUACUAGCUACAGGGUAAGACCUGACCAUAGCUUACUAGCGGGUCAUUAAACGCUCCGGCUGUGCACACAUACACACACACACAUCGCCAGGCAAGGUCAGUAUUUCCGCAAUC